GCGCAGGGCGGGUCCCGGCGCAGCAUCGCGGUACCGGGUGCGCUGGGCCCGGGGAAGCCGCCGUACCAGCAGCAGCAGCAGCAGCAGCAGCAGCAGCAGCAGCAGCCGUCAGCGGGGCGAUGCGGAUGGCGGUCGGUGCGGCAGCGGGCGAAGGGGCAGCGCAGAGCCCCGGCCCCGCCGCCGUGUCGCUGGGCUUGAGCGUGGCCGUGGUUUCCAGCCUGGUGAACGGUUCCACCUUCGUCCUGCAGAAGAAGGGGAUCGUGCGGGCCCGCGGGAGAGGUACUUCAUACUUAACAGAUAUAGUAUGGUGGUCUGGCACUAUUGCAAUGGCUUUGGGUCAAAUAGGGAAUUUCUUGGCCUACACUGCAGUUCCAACUGUGCUAGUAACACCCUUGGGAGCUCUUGGCGUUCCAUUUGGGUCUAUUUUAGCUUCUUACUUACUGAAAGAAAAACUGAACAUUCUUGGCAAGCUGGGAUGUUUGCUGAGCUGCGCUGGGUCUGUUGUUCUCAUCAUCCACUCCCCAAAGUCUGAGAGCGUAACGACUCAGGCUGAGCUUGAGGAGAAGCUCACGAAUCCAGUUUUCGUGGGUUAUCUCUGCAUAGUGCUGCUAAUGCUUCUCCUGCUUAUCUUCUGGAUAGCUCCAGCUCACGGACCUACUAAUAUCAUGGUCUACAUCAGUAUUUGCUCUCUGUUGGGCAGUUUCACUGUUCCCAGCACAAAAGGCAUUGGGCUGGCUGCUCAAGAUAUCUUUCACAAUAACCCCUCAAGUCAAAGGGCUCUGUACCUCUGUCUGGUUCUUCUGGCAGUGUUAGGAUGUAGCAUUAUCAUUCAGUUCAGAUACAUCAAUAAGGCACUGGAAUGUUUCGACUCCUCUGUGUUUGGUGCCAUCUACUACGUUGUGUUUACCACCCUAGUCCUGCUGGCUUCAGCCAUCCUUUUCAGGGAAUGGAGUAAUGUAGGAGUUGUAGAUUUCUUGGGGAUGGCUUGUGGAUUCACCACAGUAUCUAUUGGAAUUGUUCUUAUACAAGUCUUCAAGGAGUUCAACUUCAAUAUCGGGGACUUAAAUAAACCUAACAUGAAAACAGAUUAAAAAAAAAAUUAAGGGGGAACUGGAUGGCUCAGGGAAGAAUGCAGAGCCUUUCAUUUCUAGGUCACUGAUUCAAAUAUGAUUCAGGUUGGUAGUUACCCUCCUAUGAUUUGGUGGCCUACCUGAAAUGAAUUGGAGUCAUCCAUCCAGUUUCAAAGGAACAGUUGUCCAUGUACCCCAGUCAACACAAUAAAUGACCUUAAUUUGAACCACUGAUUGAGUAAGCAUAGAGACCGAUGUACUUCCAUACUGUAAAAGGUAAUUAAUCAGAAAAGAUCAGGGGAUGUUCUGACAGACCUGUGUGUUAAUGCUGGUAUUGCAGUUUCUGAGGUACCAUUUUGGUGGGCAGAGAACAUCAGUUUCUAAUGCACUCAAUCUUACACCUUUCAUGAGUGAUGUAUACCUUAAAAUAUGUGGGGAAAAAAGUGAGUGGAACAAUCUGUUAAUCUCAGUAUAGCAAUGUGUUCACCAUCAAGGCAGUGAAUUCAGAGACAAAUGUUGGUUGACCCACAGACUGCAGAUUUGUCUUUUGUUUAGUGACUGUCUUGGCGACUUGGACUGUCAUGCAGUGAAGACACUGGGGACUUUUAAAUCAAAUUAUUUAUACAGAGCAGUGGACCAUUAAAAAUCUUUCACUAAUUACUCAUCAGCUGAUGGUAGUAUCCAGGUAUGCAUUUUUCUUUGUAACUUAGUGCAUUAAGACAUAUCACAUUCAUCUGAGAAUUUGUAAUUGGGAGAAGAAGGAAAGACUGAAGGAUGUAGAAAUGAUGCACAGACUUAUUGCCUAUAUGGUGGCUUAUUUGUAAGCAGCUCAGAACUAUUUCAGUGCCUUUGUAAUCCAAAAAAUACUGCAUAAAUAUGAAUGUAUCUGUUUCAGAUGGCCUGUACUGGUUAGUAAUCCAAUUUCACUGUCUGUAAUGUUGGACUGUAUUCAAAUUCUAGACAUGUAAAGCAUUUAGAAGGAGACAUGCAUUUUUGGAAGAAUUCACAAACCUGAACUGAAACCCUUAGAUGCCUUGACAGCUUCUGAAAAACCUGUAGUCCUAGUGGAAGAGGUAAUCUAUGGGAGGGCUGUUUAAAGCAGUCCAGCAUACCCUUAUUCUAGUUAAGUGACUAAAUACAGGAAGUAAUUUUGUGAAGUAGCUAAUAAGUAGCAACCACCAAAAAAAAAAAAAAAAAAAAAAGUAAGAGACAGAAGAGGUUGAGAUUUCUCAUAGCUCAAAAAAAGAUGAUUUGAUCCUAUUGUUACAUGGGAAAUGACUGAAAAAGCAUAGGCAUUCAGAGAGGCAAGUCCCAGCCAACAAGGAUAUACAUUCAGAUCCGGUAAUUUACAGACCUGUGUGAACAGUUCAGCAAUAAUAUUUUGACAAGCAGUAAAAAUAGCUUAAGCUAUGAUUGGAAUGAUUCUGAACUGUUAGCUUUAAGCCAUUUAGAGAAUGUUGAUAUGUCAAAGAAAGAGUUAAUUUUCAUGUUGUACUUCUGUUUGCUAGUUAAAACAUCUCGAGUCAAAGACUUACAAGGAAAGCUUGAAAAGCAGUGAACAUUGGUUUCCAUUUGAAGUACAAAGGCUACAGUGGAACUCAGCAUCUCUAGUUCAGCCUGUUUCUUGAAACAAAAAAAAUCCUCAGUGUGAUUCCGAGACAGCAUUUGAAAAUAUUCAUGACACUUCAUCAAGAAAUCAUGAAUGUGGCUGGCUGACAGGAAUGGGGAGUUUUGGGGAGUAAUACUGUCAGGUCUCGUGGUUCUUUUUGUUGACCUGAAUUAAUGUUACCUUAGAAUUCAGCCUCAGUUUUCAUUUAAAAUUCAUUUAUGAGGAGAGGCUGAAGGAGCUGGUGCUGUUCAGCCUGGAGAAGAGGAGGCUGAGGGGAGACCUUAUUGCUCUCUACAACUCCCUGAAAGGAGUUUGUAGUGAGGCUGGUCUUGCCUUCUUCUCCCUAAUGACUAUCAGUAGAACAAGAGGAAAUGGGGCUCAAGUUGUGCCAGGGGAGGUUCAGAUUAGAUAUUGGGAACAAUUUAUUCACUGGAAGAGGGAAUAAAUGAGGAGGCAUUGGAACUGGUUGCCCAGGGAGGUGGUGGCAGCCAUGUCCCUGAGGGCAUUCAAAAGACAAGUAGACAUGGCACUUUGGGAAAUGAUUUAGUGGCUAAGGUAGUGUAGGAUUGAUGGUUGGACUUGAUGAUCUUGAAAGGCCUUUCCAACCAUGAUGAUUCUGUGAUUCUAAAAGGAAUGUCAGAAGCCCUUCUGGUGGCAGCAAUGAUCACGAACAGAGGAUCCUAAAGAUUCAGUGUUCUGCAGGGACAAAUACUGAAGGAGUAAGAGCCCUACUGUGUUACUGGGUAGCUUGUUUCAGAGCUCCAAACUGAGGGGAAGAAGUCUGAGUUGGCAGAAAUGCACACUGUUAUAGUCCAGCAUGGAAACUGGGUAUCUUGGUGAAAUGAAAGUGCUAGCAGAGAAAAGGCCAUCCGUAUGGAUGUGUACGGUUUCUAGAAAGUUUGAUAAUCAUGGAUGAUGGGAAUUGUUCUAUGAAAGCUGGUUAAAAUGAGCCUCUGUCCAUUAUUGAUUGGAAGACGGUUGUCAGCAAAUAAUUAUUUUUGUCUUAUUCAUUCCCUUUGUCUGAUUGAAACAGGAAUUGGACAUAGGUAUAAGACCUAUAGUGACCAACUUUUUAAAAUACUAGCUGUUUUCUGAAGCAGUCAAGUUGUCUUUUCAAACUUAAAGUUCAGAGAUCAUGAGUUGCAUGUUGUUUUUGUACUAGCCUUUGUAUGAAGACUUCUGUGAAAAUCUUUAGGCUAAAAUUGAAAUUACUGCUGUCUCAUCUUUUUCCUCCUUUGGCCAUAUUUGUCUUGGUUCGUUUUAAAAUCCAUUCCAAUUUAUUUAGAAAGUGCCUAUCCUAGUGUGUUAACUGCAUAUGCAAAUUCUUAGUAAAUAUUAGAUCCAAAAUAACUUGACUGCCCUGUCUAAACCUUGCCAUUUUCUGCACCACACACUCAAGUUUACUUGACAAACAUUCACUAUGCAGAGUAAGAAGUAGCAGCCGUGUUCCGUGGUCCUCUGACCAUUCUUACAGCUCAUAAAUGUCUGCAUAGGUUUCUUCUCCCCAGCUGCUCCUCAUCUGUGAUGGGCUUUCUAGAGAUGUCUAGUUAACCUUGUUUAAAACAUGAAUGUCAACACCCAGCACAUAACAUGAAAGAAAUUCUUGUGGCCUUGCACGUCAUUUUUAUCUGCAGCCUUUUAAGUGAUGAAUGCUAAAAAAUGCCAACUUUUUUUAUUUUAAUUUUUUCUACUUUGUUCAGUAUGCAGCAAACUUCUUUUGACUUCUGCUGUACCUAUAUCUGGUUCAGUUCUAACUUUAGAAAUGUAUUAGCAUUUUAUGUUGUCAUGAUUAUGGUUGGUUUGAUUAUUUCCCCAUUCCAUCCCAUGCCCUCCUUGUUCUAGGUGUCCUAUUUUUUUUUGUCCCAUUGCUUUUCUGAUUUAAACGGAGGCAUUCCUGAAGUUGAAUUUAAGCCAUUCCCUCUCUCUUUUUUUUUUUUUUUUUUAUUUUUUCCCCCCACCUCUUUGACAAGUAAGCACUUAGAAUAAGACAGGUAGCUGAGUUCCAUCAUCUCAGGGAGCAAAUGUGCAUAGUUGUCUCCUGAGCUUUGGUGUCCCUUGCAGGUCUGCCCUUUCCCCCUUCUUUUUUACAUUAUGUCUAUUGACAGUUACCAGCCAGAUGACUUCUGAUUCCAAAAGUAGACAGGGGAGAGGCUAUACACACAACAAGUUGACUCAUUACAGUGGUGGGAUGCACUUGAAUUAAAUUCAGAUCCAUAUGAAAGGUGUUUCACUCUGUAUGUCUGCCUUCUAUUAUUCUUGUCAAACCUAUUUACUUGGUACUCACUUGAAGAUAACUUUUUGAUCAUUAUCCCUUCAGUGUAUGGAGGAUUUACAUAUGUCAGUCACAAUCUUAAUUAGGUGUCAAACACGAAAAUCCCUCAUAUUCAGUAGGAGAAUAGAAACAUCUUUUUAUACAACCAAAAAAAAUUUGUUACACCUUAAAUACUUUAAGAAGAAAAAUAUCUGAACAAGUUAACUGCUGUAUUAACUUUCCAGGACUCUGUAUGUGUAAAUAAAGCCUAUUUGCUAGUGAGCUGCAACUAACAAUAUUAAGAACCUGUCAUAUCACAGUCUGACAAGAGAGGCUUCCUAUUAAUAAUCUCAGUUUAUACUGAACAUACAUAUUUUCCUGAAGUAACUAGCACUGAAAAAUAAAACCUCUAGCUUUUAUUCGUUGAAAUACUAGAAUAUGAGGUCUAGCUUUCCUUUUUAUUUAAAAAAAAAAAAAAAAAAGGAUUUGUAAUUGAAGACAGAUUUGGGGUUAUUAAAUGUGGGGUGUUUAAAAUGGGCCAUUAUUUGCACAUUAUACCCUUCUCACUCUGUUUCACAAAUAUAAAACAUCAAGGAUUCUGCUUAUCUUCCUUGGUUGUCUUGAGACGGUGUAACUACUGAAGCUUUGCUAUCAAAUGUUAUCAAAUGUUAAUCUAUUACUUGUUAUAUUUUAUUUACAGAUAUUAGUCUUUGUAAUAAUUCUUUGGUGCUACUGAAUAUGGGCUUAAGUGAUGCAGACUUUUCUGUGAACCAUGUUAGGCACCAAUGAUGUCAACAGUUACUAUUAACUUGUGCCCAAGUGUUUCAGACAGCAGUGUUGAAAUAUUACGGAUUAUGAAAUCUUUUUUAAAAGCUACAAGUUAGUUUUUUGGUUUUGUUUUUUUAUUGGGUUUUUUGUUAUUGUUGUGGUCCCCACCCCUGACAGUUGCUCUACAGAGUGGAAAAUAUUACGCAAAAGGAGUAUUUUUAAGUUAAGGAGAGAGCUCCACAGUUUAAAAAGGAUUUUUUUUUUCCUUUGACUCCCCCACACACCCCAGAAUGUAAAAAAUAUGGGGAAAAGGUGGAUGGCAACAAACAUACAGUGUCAGGUUUGGUUGCUUCAAUGCUAUUGCAAUAUAGUUACUACAGAUUACAUAAAAAUGGUUUAUUUUAUUAGCUUCCAAAUAAUGUAUAUAUAGAUUUGUUAAUGGCUUACAAGUCAAGCUUACUCUUUUUGCUUUUUAAGAAAUAGUUAUAGGCAUGUUGUAUUUGCCUUGUGUAAAUUAUAAAAGGCUAUUUAUUAAGUUUUCUGAUAACUAAUCUAUUUAUUAACCUGUAUUGUUUUAAAAUAAAUGAUUUAUUUCUAGCUCA